AAUUCCAGAAGAUCAGACUCACAGGGUUAGCUUGGUUGUGGUAGUCAGGCCGCUAGCUCACUCUCUGCAGGACACUUCGGAGAAAACACCGGAGACGGGCUGUUGUUGCUCUAAGAUUAAACGAGACAGGCAGCAUUAUUUGGUGAUUCAGAUUCGGUGGCCUAAUUCCGACACAGUUUGAAUCGCAGAGCUACAUCCUUUAGUUGGCCUUCAUUUUACAAAUUAACAAGAAAGAUCUGCCGUCAUGAUGCUGAAUGUGGCCCGAACCGCUUCAAGAACACUGCCCUGUUCUAAAACCUGCGCACGAAGUGUCUCAUCAUUUGUCAGAAAGGCAUGCUGGAGCGGAUUGAGUCAAGAUGGCUUGAGAACUGUUGGAAGACGUGACUAUGCGUCAGAAGCAAUCAAAGGGUCAGUUAUUGGCAUUGACUUGGGGACCACCAACUCUUGUGUUGCUGUCAUGGAGGGCAAGCAGGCAAAGGUUCUUGAGAAUGCAGAAGGAGCAAGGACAACUCCCUCAGUGCUGGCCUUCACAGCUGAUGGGGAGAGGCUGGUGGGAAUGCCAGCCAAGCGCCAGGCUGUCACCAACCCACAAAACACCCUGUACGCCACCAAGCGUUUGAUUGGCCGACGCUUUGAUGACAGCGAAGUGCAGAAAGACCUGAAGAAUGUUCCCUACAAGAUUGUCCGUGCCUCCAAUGGUGAUGCCUGGUUGGAGGCCCAUGGAAAGCUGUACUCCCCCAGCCAAGCUGGAGCCUUCAUCCUGAUGAAGAUGAAGGAGACAGCUGAGAACUACUUGGGCCACAAUGUGAAAAAUGCUGUAGUAACCGUGCCGGCAUACUUCAACGACUCCCAGAGACAGGCCACAAAGGAUGCUGGUCAGAUUGCUGGGCUGAAUGUGCUGAGAGUAAUUAAUGAGCCCACUGCUGCUGCCCUGGCCUAUGGACUGGACAAGACCCAAGACAAAAUUAUUGCAGUGUAUGACCUGGGCGGAGGCACCUUCGAUAUUUCCAUCCUUGAGAUCCAGAAGGGUGUGUUUGAGGUGAAGUCCACCAAUGGAGACACCUUUCUGGGCGGGGAAGACUUCGACCAGCACCUACUGAAGCACAUUGUCAAAGAGUUCAAGAGAGAGUCUGGUGUGGAUCUCACCAAGGACAACAUGGCUCUGCAGAGAGUGAGGGAGGCAGCAGAGAAAGCCAAGUGCGAGCUGUCCUCCUCCCUGCAGACUGACAUCAAUCUGCCCUACCUCACCAUGGACGCCUCGGGCCCCAAGCACUUGAACAUGAAGCUGACGCGCGCCCAGUUUGAGAGCAUUGUGGCAGACCUCAUCCGUAGGACGGUAGCCCCCUGCCAGAAGGCUAUGCAGGACGCAGAGGUCAACAAGAGUGACAUCGGCGAGGUGCUGCUGGUUGGAGGAAUGACUCGCAUGCCAAAGGUGCAGCAGACAGUCCAGGAUCUGUUCGGUCGUGCCCCCAGCAAGUCCGUCAACCCCGACGAGGCGGUGGCCAUUGGAGCCGCCAUCCAGGGCGGGGUGCUGGCCGGCGAUGUCACUGACGUGCUCCUCUUGGAUGUCACCCCCUUGUCCCUUGGCAUUGAGACCCUUGGGGGAGUCUUCACCAAACUCAUCAACCGGAACACAACCAUCCCAACCAAGAAGAGCCAGGUGUUUUCCACAGCUGCUGAUGGGCAGACCCAGGUGGAGAUAAAGGUGUGCCAGGGAGAGAGAGAGAUGGCAGCAGACAACAAGAUCCUGGGACAGUUCACUCUAGUCGGAAUCCCGCCUGCCCCACGAGGAGUGCCCCAGAUUGAGGUCACCUUCGAUAUUGACGCUAACGGAAUCGUGCACGUGUCCGCCAAGGACAAGGGCACAGGCCGAGAGCAGCAGAUCGUAAUCCAGUCAUCUGGUGGCCUCAGCAAAGACGACAUUGAGAACAUGAUCAAGAACGCUGAGAAAUAUGCUGAAGAGGACCGCAGAAGGAAGGAACGUGUUGAGGCUGUGAACAUGGCAGAGGGUGUUGUCCAUGACACAGAGUCCAAGAUGGAGGAGUUCAAGGAUCAGCUCCCUGCUGACGAGUGCAACAAACUGAAGGAGGAGAUCGCCAAAGUGAGAGAGCUCCUGUCACGGAAGGAUUCUGAGACUGGCGAGAACAUCAAGCAGGCAGCCUCAAACCUGCAGCAGGCUUCGCUCAAGCUCUUUGAAAUGGCAUACAAGAAGAUGGCAUCAGAGAGGGAAGGAAGCAGCGGCAGCUCAGGAGGCAGCAGUGAGGAGAAGAAAGAAGGCCAACAGUAGACACUUUGCACUUGAGAUUGUCAUGGAGACUGUGGGACUGAAGGGCUUGGGAAUGUUGACCUGGUGCUUUCCUGAGCGGCUAUUGCAUUCAAGUCAUUCUCACGUACUGUGUUUUUGCAGUAAGCUAUACAAUAUAAAAUGCCAUUGUAUGCCUCCCCCCCCCUUUAUAAUUUAACAGUUCAAAACUAAAAUGUAUCUUGUCAAAAUUUUUAAACAUGUUUCUUUGCAUCUGUGUUGUGAAAUGGUAAAAUGUCUUGUAAUUACGCAUCACCUGUGAUUCCCUUGGGGUCCUGUCGAGAUCCAUCCCUUGCUUUUUGUGUUUGCUAUCCUCUGGUCUCUACUGCUCAGCUGAGUGUCAAUGUGGAGACCCUUAAGAAGACAAUUGUGUUGUAGGCCAUUCCACCCCUGCACCCCAGACACUCAUUGAUUUAAUGUGUUCAACUGAGAAGAGCCACACCUCUGCACAAAGCGAAGUGUGAUCUGAUGAAAACUGAGCUGUGAUCUGCCUUUGAGUUCCAGAUGAAUGAGUAUCUUUGCUAGCUUUGUACUAAAGGGUGAAAAACUGUUUGGAUUCAUUGUCAUUGUUCAACGAAAUGGGUUUGAUUCGGAACCUAAAACCGCUACCAAGCUUGGGAUGCGUAUUCUGACCAAACAUUUAUCACCUUACUUAUUUUGAGCAUUGCUGUAUUGUAAACUUUCAGUAUGGGUUCAUUAGUAUUUCACCUCACAAAUUAGAAUACAGGGGGAUAGUGUUUGUCAGUUUCCCACAAACCUGUACAAUAAAUUGGUUUAACUGUCCUUAGAGGCCUUUGCAGUUAAAAUACUCAGAGAAGUGAGGUCCUUUCAGAAUUAUUUCCCUUUAUGCGGUAUGUGGUAUGCUUUGAUCAUUUGUAAAUAGAUUUCAGACACUGUAAAUCAUAAUCAUAUAAAUAAAAUUUCACAGGUUGACUACAUAGAGAAAAGAAAUGUUAUCACCCCAACCAUUUUUUGUCUGUUUUGUUUUUUGUUUUUUUUUUGAGGUCAUGAAAUUCGGCAGUUGUAAGCCAAAUUUCCCAAGCACAAGCUAAAUGGAAGCUUGUGAACAUUACUAGUUAAUGAGAAACUGUCAAAUGUGAAAACUGAUAGAUAAGGUUCAGAAAUUAAAAGGAGAAUGGAGUGUGCUUUUGGAAGAUAUU